AUGUGCGCAAAUACAAGCAAUGGGAAAUUUUACGGAGGGUGCGGUCAUCCUUACGCUUGUACAAUCGCGGGAGAUCCCUGUGUGGUGUUCUUGAAAGUCGGGGUUUUUCACGUGAGAUGGCUCGCCGCGAACAACAGUCAGAACAAGGCUGUCCUCGAACCAGGAGACAAUGUUCUAGGUGUAUCAAUGGAACGUCUUCAAUCUUUACGUUCAUACUCAUUGAGGAAGACACCCAUCACAGCCAACACUGAUACAAUUUCAGGGCUUGUAGAGAAUAAAUCAAAACGAGCCAAAAUUCCACAAAACACCAGCCCUAUUCGGUUGCGCGACCUGCCGAACAGAAGAAGUCUGGUUGGAAAUUCUGAUGAGGAUAACCAAAUGGGUGGUGCUAACAGUUCCAACAAAAAGGCGUCUAAUUCUACAGGAGCAUACGAAAAGAAUGGUGGAAUGUCUUCUAUCGCCUCACCUGGUUGUAGUCAUCGUCCUACUUCGAUAACCGCUUCCAAUAAUGCAAAUUCCGAUCAUUGCAGUGGAAAUAUUAGUGGACGAAAAGCUGUUGCGAAAAGGAAUUCGGGAAAAGAAUCUUUCAAGUCCGAGAGCAUUGAUAAACACGCUACUUGCAGCUCUCCGAAGAAAUCGCGAACACAGACUGUGAAGGCAAAACGAAGGUUGUUAGUCGCUGCAGUUAGUCCAGUAGUUCCCACCAAAGAGACUUGUAAUCCGAAUAGAAAACGGACUUCACAAGCUAGUCAAUCUUCAUCCAAAUCAUCAAAGAGAGAGCAACUUAAUAGCAACACAAUGAAUUCAACUGCAAAUAUUGGAACUGUUGGAACUUCACAACAAACAGAACCUAAAGUACAUUCCUGGUUAAGCGGAAUAACUAUCCCCAGAAAAUUUCCCUCCAUUGAACAACCACGAUUCACUUGUUCUGCCCAUGACUUUCUUCUUAAAAAUGGAUUUCGAUUAUAA